AUGUCCUUCAUCCUCCGCCGUGCCGCCCUCGCUCCCCGCGUCAUCGCCGUCCAGGCGCCGCGAACAUUCACCACCAGCUUCGCCGCUCAAAAGACCGCCUCCGAGGUUGUCAAGGAUGCCGCCAAGAAGGUCGACCGCGUCGUGAGUGACAAGAUUGUCGACGGCAUCGAGGCAGGAGAAACCGUCACCGGCAAGGUCAAGGAGACAGCCCAGGACAUCUCGGGCAGCGAUGUCAGCGGCAAGGCUGCCGAGCUGAAAGGCGAGGCCAAGGGCAAGGCCAGCGAGCUCAAGGGUGAAGCCAAGGGUGCUGCCAAGGAGGCCAAGGGCAAGGUGAAGGGCGCCGCCGAGGAGGUCAAGAACAAGUUGUAA